CUCUCCCCCUCUCCCUUGAGCUCCCCGCUGCCCGCGGCUCCUUCGCGCUCUCCCUCUCUCUCCCUUAGGCUCCACCGAGCGAUGCGAGCGCUGGGAGACAGCGACGCCGCCUCCCGCUAGAGACCAACCCCCCGGCCCGGCCCCUUGCCCAGCCCUGCCCAGCGCGCGGGGGUCGGCGAAGGCGCCGCGGACGCACCGACGGCUGAGGACCGGCGAUGCACAUGCACUAGCAGCACCCCCUAACUCACUCCCUCCACACCCCGCGCCGCCGCCGCCGCCGCCUCCACCUCCUCCUCCUCCGCCUCCUCCUCCUCCUCCUCCGGCAGCCGCGGCAGAAGGACCCACCCUGCCCCCCACCCCACCCUACCCUCCGCCGGCUCCGGCUGCGGAUCCAACCUCGACUCUUAUUUUAUUUAUUUUGGGUCGUGCACAAGCCUCAGUGCCUGCAGCCCGCGCCUCCUUGGCCCGCGGGCGCCUCUUUCCUCGGCUUCGGAGCCCCAGACCCGGCCACCCUCGGCCUCGACUCCCCCAGACUCCCACCCGCUGCCCGGAGUCUCCGCUGCUGGAAUCUUGUUAGCGGCUGUCUUUUGGGGGGUUUCUGGUCUUCCGACAUUUUUGAUCCCAGCCAAGGAGAAGAUAUCGUGAUUUUUCCCCCUUUGAGCCCAGGCUCUGCUCUUUGGGGGGGUGGGGGGCGCGUCGAGCCGGGGAGCCGUGCCAGCCUAGUCGUGCGGGCUGUGGCAGGGAAGGGGCCACCAUGGGAUGUACUCUGAGCGCAGAAGAGAGAGCCGCCCUCGAGCGGAGCAAGGCGAUUGAGAAAAACCUCAAAGAGGAUGGCAUCAGCGCCGCCAAAGAUGUGAAAUUACUCCUGCUGGGGGCUGGAGAAUCAGGAAAAAGCACCAUUGUGAAGCAGAUGAAGAUCAUCCAUGAAGAUGGCUUCUCUGGGGAGGACGUGAAGCAGUACAAGCCUGUUGUCUACAGCAACACCAUCCAGUCGCUGGCAGCCAUCGUCCGGGCCAUGGACACUUUGGGCGUCGAAUAUGGUGACAAGGAGAAAAAGGCCGAUGCCAAGAUGGUGUGUGACGUGGUGAGUCGUAUGGAAGACACUGAGCCCUUCUCUGCAGAGCUGCUUUCCGCUAUGAUACGACUCUGGGGCGACUCAGGGAUCCAAGAGUGCUUCAACCGGUCUCGGGAGUAUCAGCUCAACGAUUCUGCCAAAUACUACCUAGACAGCCUGGAUCGGAUUGGGGCCGGCGACUACCAGCCCACCGAGCAGGACAUCCUCCGAACCAGGGUCAAAACCACCGGCAUCGUAGAAACCCACUUCACAUUCAAGAACCUCCACUUCAGGCUGUUCGACGUCGGGGGCCAGCGAUCUGAACGCAAGAAGUGGAUCCACUGCUUCGAGGACGUCACGGCCAUCAUCUUCUGUGUCGCACUCAGCGGCUAUGACCAGGUGCUCCACGAAGACGAAACCACGAACCGCAUGCACGAGUCGCUCAUGCUCUUCGACUCCAUCUGUAACAACAAGUUCUUCAUCGAUACCUCUAUCAUUCUCUUCCUCAACAAGAAAGAUCUCUUUGGUGAGAAGAUCAAGAAGUCACCUUUGACCAUCUGCUUUCCUGAAUACGCAGGCUCCAAUACCUAUGAAGAUGCAGCUGCCUACAUCCAAACACAGUUUGAAAGCAAAAACCGCUCACCCAACAAAGAAAUUUAUUGUCACAUGACUUGUGCCACAGACACGAAUAAUAUCCAGGUGGUAUUCGACGCUGUCACCGACAUCAUCAUUGCCAACAACCUCCGGGGCUGCGGCUUGUACUGACCUCUUGUCCUGUAUAGCAACCUAUUUGACUGCUUCACGGACUCUUUGCUGUUGACGUUGAUCUCCUGGUAGCAUGACCUUUGGGCCUUUGUAAGACACACAGCCUUUCUGUACCAAGCCCCUGUCUAACCUACGACCCCAGAGUGACUGAUGGCUGUGUAUAUCUGUAGAAUGCUGUAGAAUCCGGUUUUUAGUUCAGUCUUUACAUUUAGAAUUUGAAAGAAAAACAAAACAAAACAAAAUAUUUCUCAUGUGCUUUGUAGUUUAAAAAAAAGACAAAGGAAAACUUACCAUUUCACCCGUAUUUCUUUAUCUUUUGAAAUAGAGAACAUACACAUGAGCACCCAUGCCCUCCCCUCCCAGCGUGGCGAGGCCCAGGGCCCGUCUGCCACCAGGGCCUGGUGGGUGCAUUUACUGGCAGGAGCGCUCCUGGGCGGGGCUCUCCAGAGCCACAGGCCACUGCAAACCCUGCUGCCCAUGAGCCACCCAAAGACUGCAGACACCACCGAGGGGUGGCACGCUCCUGUCCCCAGCCCUGCACUCCAGCCACACCCUGACUCCAGGUUUGUAUAGAAAAAGCACAGCCCUCCCGGCCAGCAGCUGCCCAGCCCAGCCCGGUCCUGUAGCAAGAUGGCCCGAGCAGAGCACCGGUUCCUGCCAGGUCCCCUUUCUUCAGAGUCCCUUUGUAAUUUUUUUCUUUUUUUCCUUUUUGUCCUGAUGACAAAAAAGAAAGUCUUGGUAUCACACGCCAGAUCCGCUCUCGCGGCCUUCGGGAAAGGGGUUGCAUCCUCCCUUGGCAUUCUGGGCCUCGGCCUCUGGGUGACGCUGUCCUCCCGUGUGUGCCCUCCCCCACUUUCCUCCGUUUCAACGUGACCCGUGUUCCCUCUUUCUCAUGUGGGGAUGUUUGUGAUGCAGACAAAAAGAAAAAAAAAUUUUUUUUAACUACCACAAGAUGGAAGAAAAACACACACACACACACAAAAAAAAUAAAAAUAAAAAAAGAUGGAAUGUAGUGUUUACAUUAAAGCCACCGUUUUCAUGAUCAGCCCUGUCAUUUCUACUCUGACUAGUGUCCCAACCCCAGACCUCUUCACGGUUUCACUUUUAAGACUUAAUAAAUUUGCUGAAGACCAGUCACAGCCAUUUCAAAUAAAGAGGAGGCAAAAAGAAAAAACACAAAAAAAUUAAAAAUAUAGAAAAAAAAACUUGAAAAAAAAAAAAAGAAAAAAAAAGCCCACGGGUCUUUCUAAGCCUUUCUAUUCCCAAUCGGUGAGGUUUCUGUGAUAUCUUACACACUGCCAGUCUACUUCUCUAAUGGAAAAUUCAUGUGUAGCUCAAUAAAGAGAAUGUUUGUCUGUAUUUCUGCGUCUCACCCUC